GCCUGGCGCCUACAGUGGUGGAGUCGAACGUCCCCGCGCGCACACGGUGUUGAGGAGAGUACGGCGAGUCUCGCGGCGGGGAGAUAACGGUUUCUUUUUCGCCUCCUUCUCCACUCGAAACAAGCCGAACAAACCAGAGCAUUCCACACAACAGGACGACGAAGGAGAGGGAUUUUGGAGCCGCAAGUUUUUCUUUCUUUCUCUUCUUUUGUCCCCCCCCCCAAAGAGGAUUCUGUGUUUCUCCGGUGCUUCGUUCUCCGCUGUCGCCGCCAAGAUGAUGGUCGGAGAGGUCGAGAUGAAGGAGCGACCGAGGCCGAGUCCCGACUAUUUGAUGCAGUUGUUGAACGAGAAGAAGCUCAUGACCAGCUUGCCGAACCUCUGCGGCAUCUUCACGCACCUGGAGCGGCUUCUCGAUGAAGAGAUCAACAGAGUACGCAAAGACAUGUACAGCGACACAGUGAAUGGCCUUGUGGACAGACAUCCUCUCGAGCUUCCUGAGCCUCUGGGACCCAUCGUCCACCUGCAGGAAAAAUUGUUUGUGCCUGUCAAAGAGUACCCGGAUUAUAACUUUGUGGGUAGAAUCCUUGGACCUCGGGGACUAACAGCCAAACAGUUGGAAGCAGAAACGGGAUGUAAAAUCAUGGUGCGAGGAAAGAGCUCUAUGAGGGACAAAAAAAAGGAGGAGCAAAACAGAGGGAAGCCAAACUGGGAACACUUAAACGAAGACCUCCAUGUCCUGAUCACGGUGGAGGACACACAGGCCAGAGCUGAAAUCAAGAUGAGGAGAGCGGUGGAGGAGGUCAAAAAGCUCCUGGUACCUGCUGCGGAGGGAGAAGACAAUUUGAAGAAGAUACAGCUGAUGGAAUUGGCAAUUCUCAACGGGACGUACAGAGACAAUAACAUCAAACCACCCACCCUUGCGUUCUCUCUUGCAGCAGCGGCAGCCGCCGCUCAGGGACCUCGUCUUAUAGCGGCCCCCACAGGGCCGGUGUUGCCUCCCCCAGCGUUACGGCCCCCAACACCAGCAGGGGCCCCCAUCAUGAACCUCAUCCGGCCCACUCAGAUGGCUGCCAUGCUGCCUAACGGCACCCCUACUCUGGUGCCUCCUACACCCGACGGCGGGCUCAUCUACACCACCCCUUACGAGUACCCCUACGCCCUGGCACCCACCUCCCUGCUGGAGUACCCCAUCGAGCACAGUGGGGUUCUAGGUAAGAGAACCUGGGGGAGCAUGGGUGCGGCAGCUACGACAGCCAGCUUUAGCCAGCCUGGACAUGAGGGCAGCUUGUUUUACCCCGGAGCUGGGGUGCUGGACGUUGCUUCCUUGAGCCACAGUCAGGACUUGUUAAAAGGUGCAAUGGCUACUAAAGUGAGACGGCAUGACACGCGGGUCCAUCCUUACCAAAGGAUUGUGACCGCAGACAGAGCCGCCACCGGCAACUAACACAUGAACUUCUGACCUCUGAACUCUUCACCCAAUGACGAGCCGCCCCAAGCCUGCCUGCUGAUCAGUUAACUGGUAAUUGCCUUUUGCUAGCCUCUCGGACGCAAGUGAGAGAGAGAGAGAGAGAGAGGGAGGGCGCAAGAAAGGGAGGCACCUGCCCGUACAGUUACCCUAACACUUUCUGACAAAACAAAAACAAACAAAAAAACAACCAACCAACCAACGCAGAAUCUUCACCGAAACCCAACCAAGUUGUGCAGUAUUCAUUUUUACCCUCUGUUCAUUGAGUUCGGUUCCCAUUCUUUCUCUUUCUUUUUCUUCAUGAGUCAGAUUCGCCGGUGGAACUUUUUUGUUUUUUAUGUCCCUCUCAAUUCUGCACUGAAUGAUAAAGCAAUAAGCCCCUCUCCCCCGACCCUCCGACCAGCCAUCCUGUCCCCACCCCACCCACCGUCACCUCACUUGUGUCAAUCAAAUGGUGGUCGAUGGCGAUUUUAUCAGUUCGACCAUUGCUGUUAGAGCCACUGCCCCCCCCUCCACCCCACCCACCACCUCGGCAGAGAAAAAGAAACAGAAAGAAAGAGAAGACGCUCACAUUAACGUGUUUCAUUUCUGUCAUGUUCCACAUGUGGAGCUCUCUAAUGUGAGGAUGAGCUGACACAUUCUGGGUGUGUUUUGUUUUCAAGCAUGGCUGUGAUGAUUGCAACAAAUGCUUUUUCAAUGAUUCAUGUGUUUUGUUUUUCCCCCCCUGUCUUUAUUUUUCAGUUGGUUUUGCUUUGGAAUCAUUUUUCUCAGCCUGAUUUGACUAGGUAGCGUCGUGUCAGAAGCGAGGCAGGGUGUUGUCACGUGUUGGAAGGGCGAGCUGGGAAGGUCAGGGUUGGGGAUGGAGGGGUUUGUGCGUGUGUGUGUGCUUUUUUAUCAUUAUUAUUUGAGUUAAUACUACAAUGAAAGUAGGGUGUGCUGAGGCUUUGGGGAUUUUGGAGCAGUGCUUAUAAGCUACUGACCGUCGCUACUCCCCCAUGACCCCCCUCCCAUCCACACUACAUCCAUUAAGCAGUGCCUGAUGUAUUUAGAUUCAAUGAUCUGGAUGGUUUCGCCGAGCUCUGAUCAAAAAGACAAAAAAGUGUGUGCGUAUUUAGCCAAAGGUUUUUUUUUUUGUUUUCUUUUUCCAGUAAAUGUGUAUUUGCAUCGUUCUCCCGGGGGGUUUUAAAUAUGAAUUGGUGGCGGCUGCCCUCCACUGGAGCAGUUGCUUUUUAUUUUGCGAGCGAUAGAACAAGGCAGAUCUGUUUGAAGUGUGUCGGCCAGGGAACGCUGUUGUGCCGAAAUCCUGAGCCGCCGUGUCAUCAAGGAUGGCGAGUAUUUUAGAUUUUCCAUGGCAAGAAUGUGCCUUCAAUUCGUCCACCAUCCUAUGAAUCUGUUGCUCCGGUUUCCUACAUAGAAAAGUAUGACAAUUCAUUCUAUAUUUACAAAUCAAAGGUAUCAGUGGAUCAGGCUUAUUCUGGACUCAGAUUGUUUGGAUAAAUGGUCCGGCGCGCAGGGUUUCGGCACAAACCUCUCUCCACUCCCACUGGGGUCAGGUUCCUUUCUAUUUGUUUCAUCACGUUUUGUUUCCCUCGACAUUUUGGCAAUUUUUCUGUGACCGUUUUCACUGAUGAUGCAUCACUUCUUUUGAAACAAUCGCCCCCAAAGUGCAUCCACAAUGUGUCAAACCUCCCUGUGAGCAGUGUCACAGCUCCUGAGCCCUCACACACACACACACACCUUUGUUGGACUCUCAAGAAACAAAAAAUAGGAUGUGAAAGCCAUGCCUGCCUGUUCAAAUUGCUUUAUACAUGCUUCUUAUAGAUACAUUUAUACAGGGGAUAUAAAUGUAUGUAUAUGGAAAUAUGAAAUGUAGAUAUAUCCUUGCAUAUAUGAAUUAAGAGGAGAUCAAAAUGGAUAAUUUUACAGGGUGCUGGAGAAAAGAGUUAAAAAAAAAAGAAAUCUAUUUUUGCCAAUUUUAGCUUUUGAUACUUGCAGAUAGAAAAACCUGAAAAAAACAGAGUGGGUGAGGAAAAGUGCAGUUAUCCUGGAUAUGACUGGAAAAAAAAAGAGGAAAAACCAAAACGGACAUCAGAUUUUCGGAAGGUUAGAAUAUUUAAAGUGCCUUAUCUACAGUGGUUUCCGUUCCAGUUGUGUUCAAUAAUAUCCAGCACCCGCAGAGAGGAAAGGCUUGCGAGCUCCGAAUCACCGAGCAGGUAGCUGCCACGUGACUCGUGGUGUUACUGAAGUUCUUCUAUGCAAAACGAAUAGCAGUCAGUUUUGACCAGCUAACUAUGUGCCAUGGUUUUGUCUUCCUGAAUUUUCUUCUUUUUUUCUGUUGUUGACUUUCACACAAUGGCCCUUUACUCUGUAAGCAGGUUCUCUUUUAUUCCUUUAGAUUUUAAUAAUCAUGUUUGUUUUUUUGGAAUUGUAAACUGCCAAGUAGGAGUCUGCCUCAAUGAUGUCAUCGAUAGAAGAUUAGCCCGAGCUGCUGUGUAAAACUGAACGCGUCCAGUCGCCGUCGAUUUUCUCUCCGAGACAAUUUGACAGUUAAAAAAAAAAAAAAAAACGAACCUAUCAAUACAAUCAUGAGACGUGCGACGGACUUGUGUGAAAGCUGCCUAAUGGAGCACGAAACACUAUUUCACAGCCAAAUAGUUUCCGCAGAUUAAAGCAAGACGCUGGCAGGUAAACCUUGUACGAGCAGAAAAAAAAAAAAAAGACAAAGAUCGGCAGUUUUCCUCCUCAUAGCUCCUUCGUCACGCUGUUACGCCGAAAAGGUCAAACAAUUAUUUUCUUUACUUUCCUCAGUGUUAUUAUUUUGAAAUUGAAAUGCAAUAUAUUGAGAGAAGAAAAAACACACGCAAGAGAUGGGUAUUCAGCAUUUUAUUUGACAGUAUUACGGAGAAGUCCCUCUGCAAUGUUACGACUGUGUCAUUGUGAGGCUGGAUCUGUCCAUCAGGUGACCGGUGAUUCUAUCUGCUCUCUCUGGCCUACUACAUGUAUGAUAAUGUAAUUAACAGCCAUUGUUAACAGGUUUAUAAUGUAUUUUUCUAAUCUCAUUUUAUAUGUAUAUUAACCAUGUUUCUGAGUGCUUUUUUAUGAAAACCCACUGCAAUUUAUGUCCCCCCUCCCUCUGCCUCCUCCCCUCUCUUCUUUGACAUCUCAACGACUGUCUCUUGUGGGGAGUGUUGCCUUUUUUUCCCUGUUCAUAUUUUGUUUUCUUGCCGGCUUGUUUAACUCAUUAGCGACUUUAUUAGUUGUCAUAAGUAUUUUGACAUGCUUGCAUUUAGUUUUCAUGGUGUAUGCUGUUUUUUUUUUCCUUUAUUAACCUCCUGGCAUUUAUUUUAAUAAAACGUUCUUAGUAAGAAUUUA